AUGGAGGAGGAAGGUUCUCUGCUGCAGAGCCUGUCUGCUGGCUUGGGAAGGGAGGAUGGGCUCUACCCCACCUGGGUGGUGAUCACGCUGGCUGCCAUCCUCAUCGUCACCAUCGCUGUGGACAUCCUGGGCAACCUCCUGGUGGUUGUCUCGGUCUUCAAGAACAAGAACCUGAGAAAAGCAGGCAAUGCCUUUGUGGUGAGCUUGGCCAUUGCAGACCUACUAGUGGCUUUUUACCCUUAUCCCCUGGUCCUGAUGGCCAUUUUCCAUGACGGCUGGGUGAUGGGAUACCUCCACUGCCAGGUCAGCGGCUUCCUGAUGGGCAUCAGCGUUAUCGGCUCCAUCUUCAACAUCACUGGCAUUGCCAUUAACCGCUACUGCUACAUCUGCCACAGCCUGAAGUACGACAAGCUUUUCUCGGGCUCCAACACCGUGUGCUACGUGGGGCUGGUCUGGGCACUCACCCUGCUGGCCAUCGUGCCAAACCUCUUUGUGGAGUCCCUGCAGUACGACCCGCGAGUGUACUCCUGCACUUUUGCCCAGUCCGUCAGCGCCCUCUACACCAUCGCCGUGGUGGUCAUCCAUUUCUUCCUACCCAUCACCAUCGUCAGCUACUGCUACCUGCGGAUUUGGGUGCUGGUCAUCCAGGUGCGGCGCAGGGUCAAGCCGGACACGCAGCCCAAAAUCAAGUCCCACGAUUUCUGGAACUUCCUGACCAUGUUCGUGGUCUUUGUGCUCUUCGCUGUCUGCUGGGCACCGUUAAACUUCAUCGGCUUAGCGGUGGCGAUCCAGCCCACACUGGGUUCCUUGAUACCCGAGUGGCUCUUCACGGCCAGCUACUUCUUGGCCUACUUCAACAGCUGUCUGAACGCUGUGGUUUACGGGGCGAUGAACCAUAACUUUAGGAAAGAGUACAAGAGAAUCAUACUGACUCUGCUGCAGCUGGCUUACAGGGCUGAUGGAGACUAG